UUGCGGCAGAAAAUUUGUAAAUAUUUUUCUAAAAUAUAAAAAGUGUGUGGCUUCACCUGGACAACUCGUGUCCCUAUUGUGCAUUCCAAGUCGGCAAGAAGGCAGAGAGUUCAAGUUCAGGCUUAUUGAUUUUCUUUGCCUCUGCCCGUCUUUACAAUAUAAUCCCACUCCCAAAUUUUCAAGUGGCUGCCUGCUUUCAUUUUUGUUAUAAUAUUUUUGCCAUCGAGAUCGAGCUAUGUUUCUCCGUGAAAAAGGCUGCGAGUUGGAUGCUAGCAUAGCUCGACCCGAAUCCGAUUUGGAGAGCAGCAAUAUAGCAGGCAUUGAUCUCAGUUCAAAGCCUUCAAGACCACCUGCAGGAGUUUCUUCCAUUUGUAAGAGUUUUGUAAUUACGUACCACGAUUAUUGUUCCCACACUUCGAUCCAUGGAGUUCAGUAUUUGGGAGAGCAUCCACGGCCCAUCAGAGAGAAGGUAUUUUGGCUUUGUGUCUUUGUUGCCUCCAUAUACUGUUGCUCCACUCUAAUAAACAACGCCUACACAAAAUGGACGGAGACGCCUGUAAUUGUAAGUUUUGCUGAAAAAUCGACACCUGUGUGGAAUAUACCAUUUCCAGCAGUUACCAUAUGCUCGGAAACUAAAAGAAUUCUUAAACCAAAGGGUAAUGGAACCUCCUAUCGCUCGCUUUAUAACCAAUUCAAUGAAUACAUGCAACAGUCUCGUAUUUUUAAACCUGAAAACAUUACACCCAGUGAGUUGGAGGAGUUUCGCACUCUUUUACAUGUGUGCAACUCUCAGAUUGUUGAUCAGGACAUGCCAUUGAUAGCUGGCGAUGAUUUGGAUUAUUUAAAUGUGCUGGAACGCAUGCUACCACCAUUCGAGCGAUAUUUCUUCUAUUGCCGAUGGCUAAGUCGAUUCAACGAGUGCGAUAAGUUUUUCACCAAAACUUUGACUGAAGAGGGCAUCUGUUAUACGUUCAAUGGUCUUAGACCCACUGACAUUUACAGAGAAGAUACCUAUCAAUAUCACAUUGAGAAACAAAUGGAAACUAAAGCAUGGAAUUCGACCAGGGCCAAACAUUUGCCAUGGUCACUAGAGACGGGCUAUCCUCCUACCAGUGAUGUGGAAACGUAUCCAGCGCGUGUUCUCAGUGCUGGAGCACGAUCGGGCAUAUUUAUGGCUCUUCAAAGUUUCAAGCAGGAGGUAGACUAUGCGUGUCGUGGACCAGUUCAAGGCUUUAAGGUAAUACUGCAUGCUCCAGAUGAUGUGCCUCAGGUGUCGAAGCAAUUUGUACGCAUACCCAUGGGCAAGGAAGUUCUAAUUGCUGUUAAGCCCAGCAUGAUAACCACUUCGUCGGGCAUUGCGGAAUACGAUCCACUGCGCCGUCAAUGCUUUCUCAGUCAUGAGCGUUCUUUGCGCUUCUUUAAGGUUUACACUGAAUCUAACUGCCAGUUGGAAUGUUUGGUGAACUUUACACUGACCAGAUGCGGCUGUGUAAAAUUCUCAAUGCCCCGGGAUAUGAAUAUGCCUGUUUGUGGCGAAGAUAAGAUUUAUUGCUACGAUCGAGCCGAACGAGAGCUUUUGGUACGCGAAUUUCAGCGUGUGCGUGCUCUCAAUAUGGCCUCUGAUGGAGAUCAGAUAGGUGUAGAAACCGCCUGCAACUGUAUGCCUGCGUGCACAUCUCUUGCCUACAACACCGAGAUAUCUCAAGCAAAUUUCGAUUUGGAUGAAAUGCUAUUGGCUGAAGGAGAUACAGAGUUUAUGCAAGAGUAUCCGGGAUCACAAAUGUCUCGUCUGUCAAUUUACUUCAAGCAGAGUCAAUUCAUUACUUCAAAGCGAUCGGAGCUUUAUGGAAUCACGGAUUUCUUGGCCAAUUGUGGUGGCAUCUUUGGCUUGUUCAUGGGUUUCUCUAUUUUAAGCAUGGUUGAAAUGUGGUAUCACUUUACCUUACGUUUCUGGAGCAAUUGGAAACAUUUGGCUAGAGUGAGAACUUAAGAAAACGCAUAUUUUGUUACUGUACCCAGCAAUUGAGAUAAAUUGCUCGGGAAAACAGAAACCAUUAUAAAUUUGUUAUCAA